CCCCUAAAGAUCCCUUCCCUUCUUCUUUGCACGUCAUCUUCAUGUUUCUUUAUUCUGUACGGACGCCCUUCCUUUUGUGAUCUUGCAACAAAUUCGAGAAUAUUCUACAGAAUGAAGGACCCUUUCUUCAUUCCGCCAAUACCAUGGCUGUCCGAGCUGGUGCGGCCCUGGUGUGACCGCUUCGACCUUCCCUCGCUACCGGACCACGUUCACGAAGUCCUCCUGUCCGCCGUCUUCUAUUCAAUCAUCUUCUGGCCGAUUUCACCACUGCUGUCGCGAUUAAUAGCGCCUCAGCACUACUUGAAGCUGUCUCGAAAAAGACGACUGAACUGGGAUGCACAUGUCGUGUCAUUUAUCCAGAGCACGCUGAUCAACGUCAUCGCCAUUUGGGUUAUGAUAGUAGACCAAGAGAGAAAGAACAUGGAUUCGGAAGAGAGAAUAUGGGGCUACACUGGCGCUGCAGGCAUGGUCCAGGCAUUGGCAGCUGGUUAUUUCGUAUGGGAUCUGUACGUGACCAGCACUAAUCUGGAUGUCUUUGGGCUCGGGACUUUGGCGCACGCGAUCGCAGCUCUGCUGGUCUAUACACUUGGUUUUCGGCCUCUUGUGAACUAUUAUGGAUGCGUCUUCAUUCUAUGGGAACUAUCCACGCCCUUCCUGAAUGUUCACUGGUUCUUUGACAAGGUCAACAUGACUGGCUCUAGCGCACAGCUUUAUAACGGCAUUCUCCUGCUCUUCACUUUCUUCUCUGCCCGACUCAUCUACGGUACCUUCCAGUCCUUUUGCGUCUUCAGAGACAUGUGGGCCGCCGUCAACGCCCACCCUACAAAGGCAUUCUCCCAAUCGCUCGUCAUGCAGUAUGCGACUUCAGAAUCCACCGUCCCGACUUGGAUUGCAGUGUCAUAUCUCGCAUCAAAUAUCACCCUCAAUACCCUCAACUUCUACUGGUUUAUCAUGAUGAUACGGGCAGUUCUCAAGCGAUUUAAGCCAAAUGAAGAGCAUACUAGCGCUACAGAGGUCGAAGUCGACUUAUCUUCGGUUGCUUCUGGAGUGUCUAUGGGCACGGGGCUGCAACAUCGGAAACAGGCGACGUCUUGAAAUUUUGAGAAGUAUGAUGAUCUGCCUUGGUUAGACUAUGGUGCUCGUGAUGUUGUCAUUUAGAAGGGUAUAGAGCUUAUUGGGUGGGCAACGCGGCGCAGUCAGGCGACCUAGGAGGUUGCGGGUAUAAUAUUUGCUAGUGCUAUUUGCGGGGUCUAUUUUAGUAUCGGGUUUUAAUUGCUAUAUAGGACUUGUCACUGUUUAACUACUUCACGCUCAUGUAUGAAUAUAAACGAACCUAUUUCUCCCCCUGCGGGAGCUUAUAAAAUACAAGACCUUCUUU